AGAGGUUGAUUUUUGAAGUUUGAUUUGUCAAAUAAAUUUUAGUAAAUAUUUUGAAAAAAUGCAGAUUUAAAUUAAUAUUUUAACUUAGUGUAAGAUUAAGUAUAAAAAAUAUGGGUGCUCUACUAACUACAAGACAACACGAUGGCGUGGAAGAAAUCGACAUUGCUUCAAAUCAUGCUUACAAGUAUCCACCCAGAUCUGGUAUGCUAUCAUCUAUGAAAUUAUUUCAACAAUUCAAUUAUAAAUAUUUUCCAGGUAAUUAUUUUGGUAGUCAUUUUAUAAUGGGUGGCGAACGAUUUGAUACACCUCAGCCCGAAUCAUAUUUGUUUGGAGAAAAUUCAGAUCUUAAUUUUUUAGGAAGUAGACCAACACCUUUCCCAUAUCCUCCUCCCCAACCAAAUGAACCUACAAAAACAUUAAAGUGUCUAGUGAAUAUAAGAAAGGAGUCAUUAAGAUUUGUAAGAACCAGUAGUGACUAUAACAAAGUUAGUUUGGACAAAGGCGAAUAUAGAGAUGUUGAAUUAGGAACAAACACCUCAUUUAAUAUUGAAUUCACUUUUGAUUGUGAUGUCAGAUGUGCUAUAACAAUCUAUUAUUUCUGUACUGAAGAUUUCUCACCAAAUGGUGUUACGUAUAUACCAAAAGAUCCUUCAAUUACUUCAGAAACGUUCCAUUAUAGUAGAGGUUCCAAUCAACAGUUCUGUCAGCCAUCUCAUGUGUUUAAUCCUGCCGGGUACAGUGAAGAUGAACUUUUGUAUGAUGUAGAUAGGGAAAUUAUACCUUUAGCCAUUCAUUGCGUUACAGAAGAAGGACCAGAGGAAAUGCGUCAAAGCCAUACUACUAUUGCUACUGUUGAAAAAAUAACAGAUGGGACAUAUCUUUUAAAGGCGCUGAAACAAAAAUUAUUUGUGGAUGGAUUGUGUUAUCUCCUACAAGAAAUUUAUGGAAUCGAAAAUAAAAAUAACGAAAAGGCCGGUGGUGAUGACGAUACGGAAGACAAUGGUUCUGAAUGUGUUAUUUGUAUGUGCGAUGUUCGUGAUACUUUAAUUUUACCAUGUCGUCAUCUUUGUCUCUGUAAUUCAUGUGCUGAUUCACUGAGAUACCAAGCAAAUAAUUGUCCGAUAUGUAGAGCGCCUUUUAGAGCUUUACUACAAAUAAGAGCACUGCAAAAAUGUUCUUCUUCGAAUUUAGCAGCGAUUAGUCCACCUGAUGGUAGUUGUGAUAAUAUACCACCCGGAUAUGAAGCAGUUUCUCUCAUUGAAGCCCUUAAUGGGCCUUGUGCACCCCGACAACCUCCAGCAGUUGUUAUGCCAGAUCUGGUAGAAACCCCUGAAAAUGAACAUGCCAUACAAGCUGCUCAAAUUUUAAACAGACAAUGUGAACGUGGUACGCCUACAAAAAAGAGAGGGGGAAGUUUGGAUUCGCCUCCUAGUCCAGAUUAUAGCCGGGAUGUUAAUAUGGUACCCACUAGACGCUUAGAAGAAGACAGAAAUAAAGAUGGAAAGUUACCAUUAUUGGAAAGGGAAGUGGAUAGGAGGAGGAAAAGAGAUGAUGUAAGAGUUGUUAAUGAAAAAAAUGACAAAGAUGCUAAUUUGGACGAAGACAGCGAAACUGAAAAAUUAUCUCCUCUGUUGCAAAAAAUUGACAGGUGUAAUAAAAAUGGUAAUUCACCUUUAAAUAUGAAAGAUGUCGUUGAUCCUAUCGACGAUAAUUAUAUUGAUCAAGAGGAACAUCACAAUAAUACAGAAAAAAUUAAAAAUUAUGGUGAAAGGGGUGACGAAUCAGAUUAUUACACACCAGACGAACCGGCGCCUUCUUCCGUCCCAAUAUACGAGGGUAACAACAACAGUUCAUUAGAGAGUACACCUCAACGCUUACCAGGUACUCCGAUGUCGCAUGCCAGUAUGCGCAGUAGCGGUGAUAGUUAUACAAGCGGUUCUAGUACACGCCAUUUAUUAGCAAUUGCCAGUACAGCGCUCAUACAAGAUAAAGCUGUUAAUGUUUAAAUAUUUUUUUUAAUUAAUGCUCUCCGUCCCUUUAUAAAAUUACGUCAUAUUUGUUCUGUAACUUUGUUUUUAUUUGUUGACAGUUACAUUUGAGAUUAGAAUCUUUAAAAUUUAAAAAAAAUCGAUGUUAGAAAUGGCUGACAAAAUCAUUUUUUAUCAUCUUUAACCGCUUAGAUUAUACAAGGUGGUAUAUUAUGAACGUUUUGUAUAUUGUUUUCAAAUAGAAUCGACUUUUCUUACGUAUAUUGUAAAAAAAUUAUUAUUUCAAAUGUUAUAAAUAUAUCGAUCGAGAAGAGAAGACUUUUUCAAGUCUUGAUGAAGGGAUAAAAAAUUUUAAUUGAACGAUUAUAAAUUAUGUUAAGAUAAAGAUAUUGUGUACUUCUUCAGAGUUUUUGCUUUCCGAUUCCAGUAUCUAUGCUUGUACCAACCGAUCUUUAAGUGGAAUAUUAGAAUAUUCAUUUCCAUGCAUCAGCACCUAUAAGAUACCCUCCAUAGCAUGGACCGUCGAGUAGAGUUUUGGAUUGAAAUGACUAGAGAAUUUAGAAAUAUUUGAAAACUAUAUUUAAAUGAAACAGAGUUAAAAUAAUUUAAACUGUCAGUACUAGUAAUAACUGACUAUUAAAAAAAAAUAAAAAUUUGUUAUAAAUAGAAUUUGAAAUUAAUUUAAAAAAAUUAUUAGAAAAGUGGAAAUUUUUAACUUUAUAUUUUUUUUAGUCAAAGCCAUUUCUUGUAAGAUGAAUGAGUUAAAAUCUGUUUGAAUACUCAUUUGUGAUAAAAUAGAAAUAUAUCUAUCAUAGAAUUAUAUGUAUUUCAGGGUUUAAGCGUGGAGUUUGGGUAGAUAUAAGUUCUAUGUAAUAAGAAAAUCAUUUGAGAUUUAUAAUAAGUUCUACAUUAUUUUUAAUACAUAUUUAAGAGAAAUCCGGUAAUUUGUGUAGAAUUCUAGAUAAUGUAGGAAUUUUUAGAUUCUUGUAUGUUAUAAGAGAUUGUUAUGUACAUUAGGACUCAAAGGAUCUAUCGUGCCCUUUUAGCUUAUUUAAACACAAAACAUUUAUUAAACGUUAACGACGGACACAAGUACAAGUUGUCAUAAUAAUUAAACAAAAAAACGUGAUUUUUAUAUCAAAAAUUUUGUAAACUAGAAAUACUGCAAAACAGUGGAAAGAUGAUACCUGUUCCAAUGAGGAGUGAAAAGUUUAGUCAAUCCUACAUUUUAUAUUGAAAUUUUACACAAAUUUUUGGCUCGUUCUGUAUUAUAAGUAUACAUUUUAUUGCAGUCUAUAAUUUCUGCCACUAGUCGUUAUAAACUGUAGAAUCUGAAAUUAUUUUAACUUCCUGUAUAUAUUUGUAUUGAAUUAUGACCAGAUGUAAUUGCUAUUUAAAUAAAUAUUGACCAAACUUUAA